AUGGGUAAAAAGCUUUUGGCAUACGUCAUUGGGCGAAAGUUGACCAAAGAUCUAAUGAGUGGAAUCCUCACUUGCAACUGCUUGGGGGCUGGGGAAUUUCUGACCUCGACAGAUCCAGCCUGGCACGAGGUGUCAGUAAAGGAAAGCGUCUUGGCGAUCACCUCUCAGCAAUCCACACGCAUUUUCCUAGGCACCGGUUUCUGCCGUGAUCAAAGAUGGCUCCAGAUAGCCACCAAAGUCACUGUAUUCGCGUUCCAGGCGGUCGAAAUGGCGCGCAUGUGGCCGGGAGUAUUGCGCCCCAUGGUGGCACGCGUCAUUCCCACCUUUCAGAAGCUACGCGCUGAAGUUCAAAACGCGCGUGAUAUCAUCAACCCAAUAGUCGAGCAGCGGCGACGAGCCAAAGCCAAGCUCGCGCAGCAAGGCGAAGCACCUGCACCAUCUCUGGAUGCGCUUGAAUGGGCCGAAGAAUUUGCUAAUGGAAAGAAAUAUGAUCCAGCGGUGCUACAACUCACGAUUACGCUCUCUGCUAUGCACAACACAACAGACUUCAUGACACAGUUGAUUUACGACCUGGCUGGAAGACCUGAGCUGGUGAGCGAGCUUCGCAAGGAGAUAAUUGGUGUCAGGACGGAGUUUCCUUGGAACAAAGCGGCCAUCUUCAACCUGAAGCUCAUGGAUAGCGUGAUGAAAGAGAGUCAGCGAUUGAAGCCAACGAGUCUCGUAUCAAUGAGACGGAUUGCGGACACUAUCAUACAGCUUCCGGAUGGUCUCACCGUACAAAAGGGGGACCUAGUCAUGGUAUCUACCAACAACCACUGGAACCAGGAAGUAUACGAAAACCCGGGUGAGUUCGAUCCAUAUCGAUUCUAUAAGAUGCUCGAUCAUCCAGAGUGGGGAAGCGCAGCUCAUAUGUCUUCUACGAGCGAGAAUCACCUUGGGUUCGGACAUGGGCUUUGGGGUUGUUCGGGGCGCUUUUUUGCUGUGGCGGAGACAAAGGUUGCGCUCUGUCAUAUACUGAUGAAGUACGAUCUGAAGUUACUGGGUGAUGUGCCUCCAGUCAUCACAAACGGUACCUUCCUCAGCGCUAAUCCAUUUGGAAAGAUUGCUGUGCGGCGCCGCCAGGAAGAGCUGGAACUGUGA